CACCGCCCCUCGCCCUUCACAAAGAUGGCGGCGGCGGUUACCCGGGGGGCGCGGCGCUUCCCGCGCAUCGCCGGCGGGCCGGAAGCGGGGCCGUGCGGAGGCGCCAUGCCGCGGGCGGCCGUGCUGCUGUGGCUGCUGCUGCCGGGGCUGGCGGCGCUGGAGCCGCUCAGCGUGGGGCUGGCCAUCGGCGUGGCCUCGGCGCUCACCGGUUACCUGUCCCACCCCAGCUUCUACUGCAGCUACGUGGAGUGCUGCCCCAGCGCCGGGCACCGCCUCAACGCCACCGCGCUGCGGGAGCAGCUGGACAGCAAGCUGUUCGGGCAGCACCUGGCCAAGGAGGUGGUGCUGCGGGCGGUGACGGGCUUCAGCAACAACCCCAGCCCCAAGAAGCCGCUGACGCUGUCUCUGCACGGCUGGGCCGGCACCGGGAAGAACUUCUUGAGCCAGCUGCUGGCGCGGCACGUGCACCCCGCCGGGCUGCGCAGCAAGUUCGUGCACCUCUUCCUGGCCACGCUGCAUUUCCCGCACCCGCAGCGCGUGCCCCUGUACCAGGAGCAAUUGCAGAGCUGGAUUCGGGGCAACGUCAGCGCCUGCGCCCACUCGGUCUUCAUUUUCGAUGAGAUGGACAAAAUGCACCAGGGCCUCAUCGACGCCAUCAAGCCCUUCUUGGACUACUACGAGCAGGUUGACGGGGUGUCCUACAGGAAAGCCAUCUUCAUCUUCCUCAGCAAUGCUGGUGGUGACUUAAUUAAUAAGGCAGCGCUUGACUUCUGGACAAAUGGAAAGCGCAGGGAAGAUAUUCAGCUGAAAGACCUGGAGCCCAUGCUGUCUGUAGGAGUCUUCAAUAACAAGAACAGUGGACUGUGGCACAGCAGCCUCAUCGACAGGAACCUCAUUGACUACUUUGUUCCCUUGCUGCCCCUGGAGCACAAGCACGUGAAGAUGUGUGUCCGGGCUGAGAUGAUGGCCCGUGGCCAUGAAGUCGAUGAGGAGGUUGUUCAGGCAGUGGCUGAUGAAAUGACAUACUUCCCAAAAGAAGCGAAAAUCUACUCUGAUAAAGGCUGCAAGACUGUACAGGCCAAGCUGGAUAUCCAUGAAGACAUUGCAAAAGCCAUGGACUGAUUACCUUCACCUCUCCAAAGCACUUUCAGUGCUUUUGGAAACUUGUCUAUUUGCACUUAAGCUCUUUUUUUAUACUAUUGCAGGGAAUGCAGUGGAAAUCCUAGAGUGAGUGGUGUGGGCUUUUAAGCUUUUUUUAACAUAAAAUCCCACUGUUCAUCUCUAAACUGGCUGGUACCCAAAUAUUGCCCCCAUUUUUUAGCCUAUUAGAAGAGUUAUGAGGGUGAUGCCUACAGUACUGGAUACAGCUCUCCUGGUUUACCCCUUUUAGCGCUAGGAUUGUUAAAUCUUUCAUUCCCCUUUCCACAGACCGACAGCAGAGGAACUCUUGCAGGCAGUCGUACAGAGAGGCUCAAGCUUAUGAGACAGUGAAAUGAAGGGAUUUAUAGUGUGAUCAAGCCUAGGGUAGUGUCAGCAAGGGCACAAACCUCGAUGCGUUGCAGUAAGAAGGGGGCAGCUGGGAGGCUCGCAUCUUCACAGCACGCUGCUGCUGCUGUGGCUUCUACACACGAGAUUCAGCUAUGUAGGGACUGAAGGGCAGCGUUAUAGUUCAUGUCUGACUUGCAUCAUAUCAUGUCUACCAUGUCUCCCACUCUAGCAAUAUGGAAUGUCACAAUGAGCUCAGGGAGAUCUGUUACUAAAUGGUGGAGAAAAGGGAGAACGUAAUUACUUGUUGCUCCGCUUCUUUGGGCGGAAAAGAAAUCGUGAUUUUUUUUUUUUUCUUCUCGUAUUUUUCUAAGGGGGCAAGGUGAAUUUGCACGGUGACUCCAGGGUGCCUGCCUUACUAAGCACAGGGACACAGGGGAAGGGUCUGACUUACAGCACAGCCUCGUAGGAGGCAGGAUGUGACAGUCACAGCUUGUCAGGUCGGUCUGCUUGGGGGCUCCUGGGCCUGAAGGCUGUGCUGUCUUCAGCGGUCCCCACUCCUCCUCUGGCCCUGCUUAGAAGACGCUUUCCUGGCUGAUGUUAUUUUUAAUAGCAUAUUUUUUUAUACUGAACGUUAAGCAACCAAAAUGCAAUGCUGGAGAACCACAGAGUAGGGAGGGUGGGAAAGGGCUUCAGCCACCGCUAAGCCCGUACUUCACUGGGCGAUGAGUAUGGUUUUUUUUAUAGUAGCUUUUACCACUGAAUGAUGUCUGAGGAAGGUGGGAGAGGCUGACUGAGCCUUCCCCCAUGAGGUCAGGCUGGGGUCUGGAAGGGGGUUAUAGCUUUAACUCUUCCAUCAUCCAUCCGGCACUGGUGGAUCCGAUGCAGCAGUGCAAGACAGAAGUGCCUAAAAUUUCAUUGAUUGGUUUUCUUGAACUGUUCUGAGGGCAUGAACCACAGCAUCUCCUCCAUCACAGAGGUGAUGCCAAACCUACAGGUCUCACUGUUACUACGUUAAUGGAAAUGACAGCAGACAGCUUAGCAUUAAUGUUCAGCUCUCAUUGAGAAGUGGCAAUUGCCUUUUACAGCUCCACGUGGAGUUUGUCAAAUGUUGGCAAACUGGUGGUACUGAUGCAAUCUCCGGAGCCAAAUGCUAGCUAGCCAUUAACCUUGGGACAUUGGACUGCAGCUUUCCAUAUGCAAUGUUUUGCUUAUUAACCGACUUAUUUCUAAGUGUAAAUGUUGUCACCAGUUUGUUCCUUUGAGUGCAAACUACUUGCACAGCUUCACAACACUAACUGUUCCCACAGUACUGCAGCUGGAAUAAACCUUCAGUCGUUUCUCUC